AUGGCUGCCGCUAAGACUAAGGCUCAGACCCUCAUCAACGAGAACGGCGUUGUCGUCUUCUCUAAGAGCUACUGCCCCUACUGCGUUGCCACCAAGAAGCUGUUGAACGAACUCGGCGCGAACUUCACAACGCUUGAGCUGGACCAAAUUGACGACGGCUCUGCUAUUCAGGACGCUCUCCAGGAGAUCACCAACCAGCGCAGCGUGCCCAACAUCUUCAUCAACAAGAAGCACAUCGGCGGUAACUCCGACCUCCAGGCCCGCAAGUCUGAGCUCCCUGCUCUGCUGAAGGCUGCCAAUGCUCUGUAA